GGUUCGUCCUUGUACUUAGUGAUAUAUAUGUCAAACUUUGACGCGAUAGCACGCGUGUCCUGUUUUGAUUUUUUUUUUAACUUUUAGUUUAUUCUUAUUCUGAUUAUUCAAGUAAUAUUCUUAACUAUCGUCGUGUGCUAUUAUCGCGUGUCAAAAAGAAAUUAAAAACCGAUUAGGCGUGUCGGUGUUAUAUAAAAACAGCUGUAAUACAACUUUGAAAUUUUUAACAUUUCAUGUGUCAAAUUUGUGAAUAAUCAUGUCUAAUGAUGCAAAGCAAACUACAACCAUCAGACGUAAAAAACAAUAUGAAAUGCUUGAAUCACUCUAUCCCUUCAAGAAUACUCAUGGAAGGGCACUGAAUUUUGAUGAAGGUGAUUGUUUUCUAUUAUGUCAUCCAAGUGUUACAAAAAAGAAAAAUUGGUGGCUAGUUGUAGACUAUAAAGGUCAAGUUGGUUAUAUACCAUCCAAUUAUGUUACUAUUGUAAAAGUGACUCCUGAGUUCUUGCUUAACUUUCUUAAAACAGCGAUACCAGGAUUAAAAGUUAAUAAUAGUGAUAAUAAGUUAUCUUCUGAAACCGAUCUGACAGAUAUACAUUCUAGAUUAAAAGAAAAAAAACGCCAGGCUGAAUUAGGAUUAACUUCAAAGAAACAAGCUCCGUUGCCACCUGAUUUUGAAUGUACAAAUGAUAUUGUUGAAAAAAACAGAAAACCAUCCGAGUCUGAGAAUGAACAAAAGUGUUCAGAAUCUAGUCAUAACAAAGAAAAUGGCUCUCAUAAUGGCAAUGACAAAUCCCCCAGUCAAUCUCAGUCAAAAAGUAGAUCUUCCAGUUUAGCAGAAAUAAACCCAAAAACAGCUUAUUUACUUUUGGACCAAGUACGUCAUAGCACCGAACUUAGUUAUGAAAUGUCAAAAGUAGCAGUAAAAGUUGUUUUGAGUGGACUACAAGAGAUGUUACCUUCUGAAAUAAGUCAUUAUUUUGAUGCUGUUUUAUCUCAAUUGCAAGUGCCAUUAAAUUUGACAAAAUUGACUAUUGAAGAAACUUAUGAUGCAAACAGAUUAAAAAUUAUUUUUAAUGAAUUGACCUCAUGCAAAGAAGAUUCUCAGCAAAGAAGUUGGAUGUUGUAUGAAGACGAACCAACCAUUUGUGAAUACAUAAAAGAACUUACAUCUAUUUUAACAAAUGCUGAUGCAAAUGUAUCCAGGCAUAUCUUGAGACAAAACCAAUAUGACGGAGUGUCUACCCUAAUUCAGUAUUAUCAAAUGGAAACCAGAUGGACAAUCAGACAACUUUUGUUACAGUCUUUUGGAGUGAUGUGCAGUUUGGAUGUUGUUAUUGUAAAAAUUAUGUUAGAAAGUAUAUUGCCUAUGGAACUUGCUAGGGAUAUGAAAAGUAAUGCUAGAAACGUAGCCAAAUUAAAUUAUUCCUCAUUGCUGUUGACUAUGAUUUUUUCCAUGGGUGAGCCAAUGCCGAUCACACAUUUUGAUCAAUUGGGAUCAGAAUUUAUUUCAUUUCUGCUGGACCUCAUAGAAAAUCCACCUGACACUGACUUGGAUGACCAAAUUCCUGAUCUAUUUAUCAAUCUUAUACUUUCAUAUAAUUUGCAAUUUACUUCAUCAGACAAUGUCGUAAUAGAAGCUUUAAAAAAGCGAUCGGUUGCCAAAACAUUUACAGAAAAAAUUUUACUACUUUUGAAUCGUGAAAUCGAUCCAGUAAGGGUAUUCGAUCAUGAGCCAGCUCCACCCGACUCAAUAUUAAAAUUAUUCAUUGAUCUGUUCGCCAGUGACGAUACAGCUUCUUUGUUUUACACUAAUGAUAUCAAAGUUCUGAUUGACAUUAUUUUGCGCCAACUUUUCGAUAUUUCGCCCGGUGAAAAAAGACGACAAUACCUGGAAUUAUGUCGAAGGGUGCUCCAUACGUCGAGUUACGAGGAGCAUCGACACCGCUCCGAAGACGUUUUAAAAUGUUUUACAAGGAUCUUUUGCGAAGAACAACCCGAAAGUCAAGAUGAUCAAAAUCUUGUCCGAGAAAUCAGUAACGAGUUUCCACAUUUAUUCCAAAAGUGACAGUCGAUCCUAAAUGAACGGAAUCCCUCCAUUACCGAAGACGAAGUUUAAAUAAAGAAUGAGUUUGCUAUUAUCCACAUAUUAACACAUAACGUUGUGUAUGUCUACACAUUUACGAUUAUAUCCGAUCCACAGAAAUUUAAAACUUCUGUAUUUAAACAGUAACCAAAAUACAAGGAAACUAAAAGAAUCGUAUGUAACCAUACCUAUUGAUGUCUGUAUAUGUCUAAAAAUGCAGAACAUUUGUGUGAAAGCAUUUUUCUUGCUAUCAAAAUACUAUAAAUUGUUAUUUAAUUUAAAUUUAAAAGUAGAGGACCAGUUGAUUCACAUAUAUAUAUUAUAUAUAUUUAGCAAAUUUUAAUUAAAGAAUCAAAAUAAGUAUCAUUUCUCUGUCUCAAGUAUAAAAAAAUGUCAAAACUCAAGUAUAUAAUGUCCAUCGCUGUGAUAAUGAUAAAACACAAUUUUUAUAUCGUAAAUAAGUUUCGUUUUGCAAUCAUGUUUUUUCUGCGUCACGCACAUCAUUGUCGAUCCCUCGACCAACUGAUUUAUCUAAAGCAAGUGAAGUUACUAACGCCUAUAUAUGUGAUAAUUGCAGCUUGAUUUGCUUGUUGGAGAUUUAAAGAAAACAAAAAGAAAAAAUAAUUAAAGCAAUCGUGACAAAAGUCUAGUCUUUCAUCAUCUUCGUACUUAGCUUAGAAACUAAUAUCUUUAUGCUUGCAUUACUAUUAAACUGUGAAAAAAUUUAACUAAAGUCGCUCAAAGACGACGUUAUGUUUGUCAAACUCUCUAUCAUUCAUGAUUAUCAUGAGUUUCUUGUAAGUCAUAUAGUGAAUUUUUGAUUGGAAGUUAAAAAAAAAUAAAUGGUUUAAAAACUUGAA